CUGCUCGGCUGCCGCCCUGCCGCGUGGCAGCAACCGCCGAGCCAAGAGAGCAAACCAGACGGGGCACCGCACCUCGCCUCACGUGCCCUCCUCGUCGUCGCCCCCAAAUCCACCCCGGCACGCGCCGCUCCUCACUCCUCGCGCCCCCGCCUCCGACGCCGCCCCGACGUCCACUCGCCCGCCCUCGAUCUACCACAGCGGCCAGCGGCCGGAGCAGGACGAGGACGAGCCGCCCGCCCAUGGUGGCCGCCUCGGCCGGCCCCUAGGCUCUGUUCAAGGACGCGCGCGUCGCGGGGAUGGGGUACCUGCCGUCGCUGGGCGGCAAGGCGGCGCACCUCGUGUCCGACCUCGCCACCGUCAUCCUCAACCCCGUCUCCGGCCACGAGCGGGAGCGCUCCUCCCACCACCUCCCCGAGGCCGCGGAAGGACAGGAAAAUAUGUAUGAUGACGAAGAAUCUGAAAUUCCUAAUGGCCCUGACACAUCUUCGUUUAGAGCAUUUCUGAUGUCAUUUAUGUCCGCAUCAAGUUCUAGCGAUGAUUCGAUGGAGAUCAUACCUGAGCAGGAUGUGGACAUGGAAUACCCAACUUUAACACCCGUUGGCAGGGGAAACAAGGAAAGGAAGGGGUUGCUUAGUAGAGGCAAGCAUUCCAUUGGAAAGAUUAUUAACAAGGCCGGUAGACUUGGUGGUUUCAGGCAAAAACCCAGCCACAUCAUUGAUGGUGAAAUAGCAAGUCAAAUAGAGUCAGUUUCGUCCGGUUUCAGACCCAAGGUAUCAAAGGAGUCUGCUUCAAACCAUAAGUUGCCAGCUAUGUCUGAACCAUCAAUGCUUUUAUCAGAAAUGAUGCGAAAUGUUCUUUAUCCAUCUCUUCCUGUUCUUGUUCAAGGAAAGAACUGGAUGCUGGUUUACAGUACCUGGAGGCACGGGACAUCUCUAUCUACUCUGUACAGAAGGAGCAUGCUUUGUGCUGGUGAUUCACUUCUGAUAAUUGGGGAUAAAAAGGGAGCAGUUUUUGGUGGAUUAGUAGAGGCUCCUUUGCGGCCGAUCAUGCAAAGGAAGUAUCAGGGGACCAAGAACUGCUUCGUGUUCACCAAUGUAGCUGGUCGCCCUGUUAUAUAUCGUCCAACGGGUGCUAAUAACUAUUUCACGUUUUGCUCCCCUGAGUAUUUGGCCAUGGGGGGUGGUGGUCACUUUGCACUUUAUCUCGGUGAAGACCUCCUGAAUGGUUCAAGUUCCACCUCAGAAACGUUUAACAACCCAUGCCUGUCACUUUCCCAGGACUUUGAAGUCAAACAUGUUGAGUUGUGGGGCUUCGUCAAUGCUUCCAGGUAUGAUGAGAUGCUCACCGUCUGCCGCACCGAGAAACCUGGGAUUUGGAAUCUGUGACUGUUCACAGCUUUUCGGAACCGUUGAGACUGGAUGCCAGGUGUUAUGCUGAUGGCUUGUACAGUUUUGUAAGUAUAUAGGCCUCGUAGAGUUUGACUGGAAGUGGUAAAGUAAAAGGUGGAGGUGAAACAACAUCAACUCUCUGACUUGACUGGAGCAACUCCCUGAUCGUGCUUGUAAAUAUUGUAGAGUACUGGAAUUCUAAGCAUUUAGAUAUGUACCAGUAUACAUCCCCCAUGUUCCGCUUAUCUUACCAAUAAUACACUAGAAUCGCUGUGCCGAUGUCA